GUUUUUUUAAAAUAAAUUAUGAUGAAUUCGCUGUUAUAAUGAAGAUUUGUGUUAUAAUUCUGACGAAAAAUUGAAGACGACUUGUGAUAUGAAAAACUUAUAUUUAAUUUAUUUUCGAUUUAAUAACAAUAAGUGAUAUUCGGGUCGUAAAAAUCAGCGGACAAAGGAUGACGAUCUCAAUGAAUAAGAGAGUAUUGAUUCUGAUGUGCGGUCUCAUCGAGAACUUGAUAUUCAGUGGGACUUUGUUUGGAUGGCCGGCGCUUUUCUAUAUGCUCAAAAGUGAAGGCAUUUACGAGCACUUGUGCCUCAAUAUGGAGGCCCAGCAUCACAUCUCCGACAUGAAUAAUAAUCUCUUUGAAAAUAUGACCCUUUCUCAAGACGCGAUCAAUGAAAUCGAUUCAAACGCGUCGGAUAUUAAAAAGUUUUCACAUUUGCCAGACUUUCCAGCGCUGAAUACCACGAUAUAUAAUGACAUUCAAAUAACACAAGACUGUACAGCACAGGAGAAUCUGCUGAAUCUGGCCUACACUAUAGGAAUAUUCGCGAUGGGCUUCACAUCAUUUAUCUGGGGUUUCCUUUUGGAGUCGUGGGCGUUGGCCGGAGUGCCGCUGCGGAUCGCAAACAUGCAAAUCGCGGACUACUUCCCGUCGAAGAGGUCGACAGUGAUUACCUUCUUCAGCGGUGCGUUCAGUGCUUCUCCGAUAGUGUUUGUAAUCCUAAAGUACACGUACGACUCGGGACUCUUCGCUUUCUCGACUGUGAUAUUGGUUUUAGUGAUUUUGAGUCUAUUUAUGCUUGCGUUCACCUACUCCUUACUGCCGAAGAUUAGUGUCAAACACGACGAACAGAUUAAGACAAACAUCGAAAUGAGUUCUUAUAACCAAUCGAUGGAUAAGGAAAACUUGAAACUCACGAAAGACUCGAACGGAAAAGUGUUGAAUGGCUUUCACGACAAACACAUAGCUAACGGCAAAUCGUACGAUAAUAACGGAAAUGGACAUAAAGAUGUCGAGGAGGAGGUGUUUAUCAAGUCGGAAGAGACUGUGCCAGUUAUGGACAACGACUUGCCGUUAGGUGUGUCGCUGUGGUCGUUGGCCUUCAUUCUGCACCAGUUGUGGUUCUCAUGGCUCAACACAUAUAUGGUAUUAUAUUCGGGUUCAAUGAAUCUAUGGUUAGAUAGGGUCACGUCGGACAACGCCAUCGCCGGUGGCUUUACGGAGGCGUUCGGGUUGGUGCAGGUGAGCGCCCUUAUCAUAGCCCCCAUCGCCGGACUCAUGAUGGACCGCAACAUCAAUCGCGCCAAUAAGGACACCGACCCUUUCCGCCGCAAACUCAGUCGAACCCAAUCGGGAUUUGUGCCGAUUCUGGUCACCACUAUUGUGCUGACCAUUUCGGUGGUCUGCCGAUUCUUCAACACUGCCGGUGCUGUCUAUAGCUCUAUUGUGUUCAUCACUUUGUUGAGGUCUUUCUUGGUAGCCGUCGCCUCAGCUUAUCUUAGGAUCAGUGCUGUAUUUUCUUUACUACAGUUCCCGCUAUUCAUAUGGGAAUCUCAUUCACAUAUUCACGCCUUUUGGGUGAAUAUGUUUUGUGUGGUCUUCACAAUAAUCUCGUUUACAAACCCUUUAUAUCUGAUUAUAACUCCUCUUCAGAAAUAUCUACUGAAGAGAGAGGAAGAGCUCGAAACCAAAGUUCGGGUCAAUUGUUAGUGAAUUGGGAGUCGAAAGUCACGCCAGAAAUGUGGGUAAAAGUUGCGGCACUUGUGUUGAGUCCAACUCUAAAACUAUAUGUAAAUUAAAUGUCUUUUAAACCAAUUUAUUGUAUUUUAUGUCGACUUUCAUGUGACCAUCAAAUGAGUCUUUCAGACAAUUCAAUUGCAUUUAAUCAAUGGUUUUAACGAUUCUUUAAAACAU